AUGCAUCGUCCAUUAUUUCUUCUCAUCUUAUUGUUUGUCUUCGUUAUAUUGACUCAAUCUAAAAUUUACCGUAAAAAGAAAUUUCAUUUGCGUAACCGAUACAACGUUCAUGGAUGUUACAAAAAAUCUGGAAUGGUCUAUGAACACAAAGGGAAUCCCCGGAUAUAUGAACAAGACGGAUAUAAUUAUGAUGAACUACCUUUAGCCUGGGACUGGAGGAAUGCUGACGGAAUCAACUACGCUAGUGUUGACCGUAAUCAACACAUUCCGCAAUACUGUGGUUCCUGUUGGGCAUUCGGAGCCACAAGUGCCUUAGCAGACCGUAUCAACAUCAAGAGAAGAAACGCUUGGCCUUCAGCACUUCUUUCUGUUAUUGACUGCGCUGGGGCAGGAAGUUGUGAAGGCGGUGAACCGGGUGGAGUAUACAAGUUUGCUAAGGAGUACGGUAUACCGCAUGAAACUUGCAAUAAUUACCAGGCUCGAGAUGGAGUGUGUAACCCACAGAAUCGAUGCGGAUCGUGUUGGCCAGGAGAGUGCUAUUCAAUCCAAAACUACACGGUAUAUAAAGUAAAAGAAUACGGCCGAGUUUCUGGGAUCAAUAAAAUGAAAGCCGAGAUAUUCCACAACGGGCCAAUUGCAUGUGGUGUCGCUGCGACAAAGGCUUUUGAGGAUUAUGCUGGUGGGAUUUACAAAGAAAGCACACAUGAACCAAUUGACCAUAUAAUAUCUGUCCAUGGCUGGGGUGUCGAUCACGAUUCCGGAGUACCUUACUGGAUUGGAAGAAAUAGCUGGGGUACUCCUUGGGGAGAAAAUGGGUGGUUCCGCGUAGUUACUUCUGAAUAUAAAGAUGGUGGUUCGAAAUAUAAUCUCAAAAUAGAGGAGGACUGUGUUUGGGCUGACCCACUAAUAGAGGAUUAA